AUGGAAGAAGAAGACGGAGACGCGUCUACGCCGUUUUGGCUUCAAUCACGCCGCAACAACACUUACUUCCGCCGCACCGCAAGUCUCGGCGGACGCGCAACCACCGUAGCCACUCAAGUACUCUUCGUCGGAGCAGCUGCGAUCCUCAUAGUCUUCUUCAUUAUCCCUCCUUUCGUUUCCUCUGUUUCACAGAUUUUCCGGCCUCAUUUGGUCCGCAAAAGCUGGGAUUACCUCAACUUCGUCCUCGUUCUCUUCGCCGUCAUCUGCGGUUUCCUCAGCCGCAACACCGGUAACGAUGAAACCACUCAUGACAAGGAAGACAUUACUAAAAACAAUGAGGUAACUAAUGGAUACAGUUACAACAAAUUCUCGAGCUCAAGUGUAUCUAACGGUCUUGCCACCACGCCGCGUUAUUGGAUCGACGAUCGUGGCGUCAGCGGCGGUGGAGGAGAUCAGUAUGCAGAUCAGACGGUGUACAAGAGGUUCACUAGAUUACGGAGUAGUAGCUCGUAUCCAGAUCUGAGGGCUCGAGAAUUUGAAUCCGAUGAACGGUGGAGAUUUUACGAUGAUACGUGUGUAAGCGAAUGCCGUUACGGAGCGUCAGAUCCGAUCGAUCGAAACCAAAGUUACAGAAACUGGCGUGAGGCUAAGCCGGAGGAAGAUGUAGAUCGAACAGACGGCGGCGACGGAAAAGGAAAGGUCCAUAUCGGCGGUUCUGACACUGAUAAAGUUGAGGUCGUUGCGCCGGCGACAGUUGAAGUAGUGGAAGAGCUAACCGCGCCUCCUAAUCCACCGCCACCGCCAUCACUGUCUCCGCCGUCUAAGCCAGCGAAGAGGAGGACAAAGAGAGUGUACCAAGAUGUUGUUCCAAAGGAAGAUAAGAAGGAGAGAGCUGAUUUUGCGGCGGCGAUGACGCCGGUUCCACCUCCGGCGAUCGUGUAUCAAAAGAGUAGUAAACAGGAGAAGAAGAAAAACGGAGCAACUAAGGAAUUUCUGAUCGCAUUACGGAGAAAGAAGAAGAAGCAGAGGCAACAGAGCAUCGACGGUCUCGAUUUACUCUUCGGCUCCGAUCCUUAUUCAAUGCCACAACAAUCACCGCCGCAUCCUCCUCCUCCGCCACCUCCACCACCUUUCUUCCAGGGACUCUUCUCGUCAAAGAAAGGCAAAAGCAAGAGAACCUAUUCAAUUCCACCACCGCCUCCUCCUCCGCCUCCACCUGAACGGAAAUUCGAACAACGCGCAUCAGUAACGAAGAUUCGCAAAUCUCCGCUUGAAUCACGCACAUCUAAACCCAAUCCACCGCCAGCUAAAGUUACCCAAUUCGUAGGCACUGGAAGCGAAUCGCCAUUGAUGCCGAUCCCGCCGCCUCCUCCUCCGCCGCCGUUUAAAAUGCCUGCUUGGAAGUUCGUGAAGCGUGGAGAUUACGUCAGGAUGGCUAGCAACAUCAGCAUAAGCUCAGACGAUGAUUCCGACGUACCUCAAUCAGCCGACGGUAAGCCCGCCGGUAAUCUGUUCUGUCCGAGCCCCGACGUAGAUACUAAAGCCGAUGAUUUCAUCGCGAGGUUCAGAGCUGGACUCAAACUGGAGAAGAUAAACUCAGCGAAACGAGGAAGAUCAAAUUUAGGACCCGAACCCGGACCCGACGAAUCCGAAUCUUAA